AUGCUGCUCCGUCGCUCUCGUCGAUCGAGAGGAGCUGCCGAAGAGGCUCCUGAAUCGGAGGCUAAUGUGGGAACCAGGUCUACGCGGCAAACUCGGAGUGCUGCUGCUUCUUGGGCGACACCCUCACCCUCACCAUUGGAAGACUCUACCCAGGAGCCAUCCAGAUCUCUCCGUCUCACCCUCAAAAUGCCUUCCGGCAAGCUGCGAGAGGCGACGGGUGGCCGCUCUGGCCGGCGCUCAAUCAAUGUCUUCGAAGAGAAUCCCAUUGUGUCGGGACCGCGGACCAGUCGAAACCGCAAGAGAAUCGUGGAGGUGCCCACGAGUGAUGAUGAGGAUGAUGACAUCGACGAUCAAGAAGAAGACGAAGUCGACGAUGAAGACGCCCCCGGAGAGGAUGACGAGGACGCUGAUGCGGACGGUGAUAUGGACAUGGAUGAUGCUCCCCCGCAAGCACCUGCCAGACGACAGGCCAAGGCAACUGCUCCCACUCGCGGGAAAGUGCCCAAGAGUGUGGAAGCCAAGGAGAUGGAGGUGGAUGAAGAGGAGGAAGAUGAGGAAGUUUCCGACACUGAUUCUGAUGCUGAGGGCGAGCCCGAUGAUCAGGAUGAGAGCGCAGUCCCGGAGACCAACGUCGACGACCUGGACGAAGAAGACGAGGAACUUGAAAUGGACGAAGAACUCGACGAAGAUGGGCUCCCCAUUGAUAACGGCAAGAUGACCAAGCGACAGCGUGGAAACCUGGGGAAUGAUUUCCUGCAGCUUCCGAUGGAACCCCAGGUUAAGAAACAUCUGACAGCCGAGGAGCGCGCCAUGCGACGGACCGAGAUGGCUCGGCGAAGGAAGAACCUGAGUGAGAAGCGGAAUGAAGAAGAAAAGAUGGAUACGAUCAACCGAUUGCUCCGAAAGCAACCUCCCAAACGGCGCGGCCGAGCUGCGGCCGUUGAAGGUGCCGAUGGCACGCCCGCCGACCAGGAGGCUCCGGAGCCCGAGAAAGCGGACCCAACAAUGGUGCGAUGGAUCAGUAACUCGAAAGAUUGCACUCUCAGUGUGCCAGAAGAAUGGUUGGGCACGCCCGCUGGCAGGCUGUUUGGCGCUCCCCCCUGCUCAAGGGAACGGAAAGCUAGUGGAGGAGCUCUGAUAUGGCAUACAUACUCGACAGGGAUCACAACGAAACGAGGCGUACUGGAUACUGGGGAAUGGGUCGGAUCAUCUUCGUUCUGGAGGCUAUUACAUUUUGGCUCUCCGUGUACAAUGGAACUGGCGUUCAAAUAUGUGUUGGUUUAG